UCAUUCUGGUUACUCUUCGCAGAUCCUUGUCGCCACCAUGCCCAUUUCCGUGCCCCCGAAGAGCAGGCGGGGAGCAGCUUGUUCCAUUCCAUCCUCCCCUGCUAGCUCCGAAGAUGAGGGGGCCGGGAAGUCUUCCACUUUCUCCCUGCUCUCCCCGAGUUUCCAUCAAAGUUUCCCAAGAUUCCACCGCAAGGAGCAAGAGGAAGAUGCAACAUCAGCUAGCAGGGGAAUGAGCAUCUCUCAAAGGAGUAAACACCAUAGUGUUGAACGCAUUAGAAAAAAGACUCCGCAAAAUCAAUCAGCUGUGGCAGGUAGUCUUUCACCUUGGGAAGAAUGGUUCCUUUCCAAAGAAAAAGAGUUACGUGCUCGCUUGCAAGCACAAGCUUUGGAGGAACUAAAUAUGCAAAUGGAGAAAAGAAAGGAAAAACAAGAACGUGAAAGGAAAAAAAUAAUUGCUGAAGUGAAACACAAGGAAUGGGUUCAGAAAAAAAACGAAGAGGUGAAAAGGGAAAAGAGAGCAAGAGAGCAUAAGCUCAGUAAAGAGAUGGCAGAAAAGGCAACUAAGGAACUUGAAAAAGCACAGUCAAAGGAAAAAGCAAAGGAGGUAUAUGAAGAAUGGCUAAAGAAAAAGAAAGCAGAAGAAGUUCUGAAGAAAAAGGAAGAGAAGGAAAAAGAAAGGCAGCUGGAAGCAGAAUUACAGGAGAAAAAAGAAAAAUCAGAGAAGAUGUUCAAAGAAUGGCUGCAAAAUACCAGAAACAAGCCCCGUCCAGCAUCAGCUAGCUAUGCCUAUACCAAUGGGAAACUUACCGGAUAUCCAGAUGGAAACGCAUAUCCAGAGCCAGCCUUUUACAACCCCAUCCCUUGGAAACCAAUCGUGCCUCCUUCUAAGGAAGAGAAGUAUGUUUCAAUGAAGAAAAAUAAGAGGCCUUUGUCAAGUCAUAUAUAUAGAUCUCCAGUGCUUUUUCAUAAAUCCAAGAAUAAACUUUAUGUUGGAUCAUUGUGCAGAAAUCAGAGAUAGCACAGUGUUCUGUUAGUUCUUUUACUUUAAGCACAAUACUGUAAUUUAAAAUGUAUUUUAAGGCCAGGUUUCGUAAGCAUAAUUAUUAAUGUUAACUAGCAUGUUUUGAUUUUGUUAUUGUUAAAUCAGACAAAAUAGGACAAAAUAAGUGACAAGUGUAGUUUUGUAUGUAUUAUAUUGUGAUCAUAUCUUAAUAAAAUGAUUAUCUUUACCCAGUACUCUGUAUUUUAGAUACCAUAUAUGUAAAUGCAAUUUCCUAAUUACAACUUCUUGAAGCUUUUGCUUCAAAAGGUUAAAACAAUGUCAUAGAAAAGAAAGAGCUGUUUCUUUUCUUCAGUAAAAUUAGAGCAGCUAUGUUUCACAAUUCUGUUGAGAAUUUUUUUUAAAAAAUCCAUUUGGUUCUGUUAACAUCUGUGAAAAUCAGUAGGUUUGAAUAUAAGUGCACUUGCCUAACAAAUUUGAACAGAGUGACAAUAGGAAAGCUUCUGAUACCACUUCUUUUAAUUUUUGUGAAAUCUUCCUUUACUGUACUUUGACUCGCUGCAGAAUAAACAGUAGGUAAUAUAGCAGUGUUAUAACUUAACUGUAUUACAUUUUC